UGGUUAGUUUGCUUGUGGACAUCAAUUUGAGUAGAAGUUCGUUAAGAAAUUCAGUUGAAGGUUAAUUUAUAUUUCUAAUAGCAUGAAUUCUAGGACUAUCAUAACUCUUACAACACUUCUUCUUUUAUGGAAUAUUGAUUUAAUUUCAUGCGAAGAACCAUCAUUUGAAUGCUUAGCAGCCUACUCAAAAUCAAGAGGACUCAACGAGCCCGAAUUCAAUCAUGUUACAUAUGACAGCUCACAACCUCAAUGUGUUGCUGCAUUAAGACAGUUCACUGAUAAAAUUCGCAGCGAUAUUAUCGAAAAAAUGUCAGAAAUAUCAACAGAUCCAAGCCAAACAAGAUGCAUCAAUGCCAAAUUCACAAGUGAUGAUACAUUCGUUAAUAACAUCAUUAAAGGAGAAGCACUUGCAUCGUUAGGUGAUAAAGAAAAAUCGGAAAAAUUGAGUGCCGUUGAGAGUUUCGCAGAGGAGUUCAUUACAUCAGCAAUCUCAUCAUGUCUUGGUUAAAUUGGCGAGUGAAUGAUUUAUUCAUAUUUAAGCAGUAAAAAAUUAAUGAGAAAAAUUUUUGAUAUCUUCUUGCUCUUUAAACUUUUAUUAAUUAAAUUUAACACGAGCAACAAAAAUUUAUGUUUAGUAUGUAAACUCAUUGGAGUUUGUGACCUUGCUGUACUGAAAAAUCUCUUAUAUUUUAUAUACAUAUUGAGAAAGAAAAAUACUAUUGAAUAAAUUUAAUUUUUUAUGGCUAUGCACUAUAGCUUUAUGCACUGAGACAAUAUAAUUGAAGUCGCAAUAAAUGUACGAAUUUGUUAUCAAAUGAUUGUGCAUGUUGGAACGUUAUCAAUUUGGCACACAAAACGGUGUAAGGAAAAAUCAAUUAGUGACAUUAAAUGUGUGAUAUUGGAAAGCAAUAUUUUAAUUUUUUAUUAUUUUAUGACAGUUGCUCAUAUUUUUCACAUUAGAAUGGAAUUGCUUGCUAUCGAAUGAUAAAAAUUUGAUUCAGGUGAAAUCGUAGAGAACGUUGAAAACGUUUCUUU